AUGGCGGGCAGCGGGCGUGGGGCCGGCCGGCGGGUACUGCACUCAGCGCAGGCCGAGGACGUGGCGUCGGCCUCCAACUUCCGCGCCUUCGAGCUGCUGCACCUGCACUUGGACCUGCGGGCCGAGUUCGGGCCUCCGGGUCCGGGCCCGGGCUGCCGCGGGCUGAGCGGCUCGGUGGUGCUGGACUUGCGCUGCCUGGAGCCCGGCGGCGCCGCGGAGCUGCGGCUGGACUCGCACCCGUGCGUGGAGGUGACGGCGGCGGCUCUGCGGCGGGAGCGGCCGGACGCGGGGCAGCCGGAGCCGGAGCCGGAGCCGGUGCCGGUGUGCACGCGGCCCUUCUCGCACUACGGCCAGGCCCUGUGCGUGCGCUUCCCGCAGCCCUGCAUCGCCGGCGAGCGCCUGCGGGUGCAGCUCACCUACCGCGUCGGCGAAGGACCCGGGGUUUGCUGGUUGGCUCCGGAGCAGACAGCAGGAAAGAGGAAGCCGUUCGUCUACACGCAGGGCCAGGCUGUCCUGAACCUUCCCUGCUUCGACACUCCUGCUGUGAAGUGCGCCUACUCCGCUCUUAUUGAGGUCCCAGGCGGCUUCACAGCUGUGAUGAGUGCUGACACCUGGGAGAAGAGAGGCCCAAAUAAGUUCCUCUUCCAGAUGUCUCAGCCCAUCCCGUCCUAUCUCAUAGCUUUGGCCAUUGGAGAUCUGGUUUCGGCUGAAGUUGGACCCAGGAGCUGGGUGUGGGCCGAGCCCUGCCUCAUCGCAGCUGCCAAGGAGGAGUAUGACGGGAUCAUAGAAGAGUUCUUGGCAACGGGAGAGAAGCUUUUCGGACCCUACGUUUGGGGAAGGUACGACGUGCUCUUCAUGCCCCCGUCCUUCCCAUUUGGAGGGAUGGAGAACCCCUGCCUGACCUUCGUCACCCCCUGCCUGCUGGCGGGGGACCGCUCCUUGGCCGACGUCAUCAUCCACGAGAUCGCCCACAGCUGGUUUGGGAACCUGGUCACCAACGCCAACUGGGGGGAGUUCUGGCUGAACGAAGGCUUCACCAUGUACGCCCAGAGGAGGAUUUCCACCGUCCUGUUUGGACCCGCCUACACCUGCUUGGAAGCCGCCACCGGGCGGGCUCUGCUUCGGCAGCACAUGGACGUCACGGGCGAGGAGCACCCGCUGAACAAGCUGCGCGUGAAGAUGGAGCCAGGUGUCGACCCAGACGAUACUUACAACGAGACCCCCUACGAGAAAGGCUUCUGCUUUGUCUCCUACCUGGCCCACCUGGUGGGUGACCAGGACCAGUUUGACGAUUUCCUCAAGGCCUACGUGAAUGAGUUUAAGUUCCAAAGUGUCCUGGCUGAUGACUUUCUGGAAUUCUUCUUGGACUGUUUCCCUGAGCUGAAGAGAAGGGGGGUGGAUUCCAUCCCGGGAUUUGAAUUUGAUCGCUGGCUGAACACCCCGGGCUGGCCCCCCUACCUCCCUGACCUCUCCCCCGGGGACUCCCUCAUGAGGCCAGCUGAGGAGCUGGCCCAGCUGUGGGCGGCCGAGGAGCUGGACGUGACGGCCAUUGAGGCCGUGUCCACCACUGCCUGGAAGACCUACCAGCUGGUUUAUUUCCUGGAUAAGAUCCUCCAGAAAUCCCCUCUUCCUCCCGGGAACGUGAAAAAACUUGGAGAGACGUACCCGAAGAUCUCGAAUGCCCAGAACGCGGAGCUACGGCUGCGAUGGGGCCAGAUUGUCCUCAAGAACGACCACCAGGAGGACUUCUGGAAAGUGAGGGAUUUCCUGCACAGCCAGGGCAAGCAGAAGUACACCCUCCCACUGUACCACGCCAUGAUGGGGGGCAGUGAGGCCGCCCAGACCCUCGCCAAGGAGACCUUCGCGGCCACGGCCUCCCACCUCCACAGCAACGUGGUCCACUACGUCCAGCAGAUCUUGGCGCCCCUGGGCAGCUAG